GCUGAGGCUACAGAGAGGCAAAAGACAUUUGAAGGGGCCAUGAAAGUUCCCAGAGAAUCCAGUGAAGUGGACAGGAGGACCAUGAGAGACGUCGAUAGAGGGAACACCCGCCAGACCGCCCAGAUGAGGCGUUCUGUCAACCCGAUUCACUCGCUAAGGCGUUGUUCGAUGUGGUGUUUUUCGUCGUAUAGACGCUGCCUUGGCCUGGGUGCUGUGGAGGGAGCAUUACUUCUUGGCCCCUUCCGCAGUCUGACUGUUUAUUUAUAUGUGUGCCUGUUGUGGGAGCAGGGACAGCAGGCCAUCAUAAUCAGGGGCAUAGCACAGGAGCACAUGAUGCCAAAAGGGGACUCUCAGAAAAACUUCCGGAUGGGUCGCAAUUCCCGGGUUGGUUCUGCAGAGGAGGCCAAGAGCAAGAGCGUGAGGUCUGUCAGCAAUAUGACCUCUCGCGUCUCGAGCCCAGAGCCUGUGGAGCAGAAAUUAUCUUCUUCCACUUCACCAACUCUGCGGACCUCUGAGAAGAACCCCAGCUCUCCCCAGGAGCGAGAACGGAGUUUGUCUCCACCUCGCCCCUGCCCUCACUCCCCACCCCCACCAUCAGAGGGGUCCAAGCCCCGGAUAUCCCAGGAUCGGAAGAGCACCAAGAGUGAUGAUACUGAUGAGGACGUUUCCAACUGGACCCCGGGUCGACCCAGACCACCCAAACCUAAGAAUGCCAUCACCAUUGCUGUCUCCUCCCGAGCACUCUUCAAUAUGGUGGAAGAUAGUAAAAUCUUUGAGAAUGAAGGACUAGAGAAGUACAUGGAGUACCAGGUCCUCAAUGAGAAUGUCAUUCUGAGCCCUGGACCUGCCUUUGGCUUCAUCAAGGCCCUGCAGAUCGUCAACGCCAGGCUGCGGAGCCUGUACCCUAAGGAGCAGGAGCUGUUUGACAUUGUGCUGAUGACCAACAACCAUGCCCAGGUGGGGGUGCGGCUCAUCAACAGCAUCAAUCACCACGGCUUAUUGAUUGAUCGCUUCUGUAUGACUGGUGGAGAAAGUCCUAUUGGCUACCUAAAGACCUAUCUUACCAAUUUAUAUCUUUCUGCAGAUUCUGAUAAGGUCCAAGAAGCCAUAGAAGAAGGGAUUGCUGCAGCCACAAUGUAUUUGGGGAAUAAAGACUUGCCAUUCUCAGAUACGCAACUCCGAGUGGCCUUCGAUGGGGAUGCCCUCCUUUUCUCAGAUGAAGAGGAACAAAGUGUUGAGAAAGGAACAGAUAAAAGUACUCAAAACCCAUUUAACGAGAACAAGCCUCUCGCACAGGGUCCCCUGAAAGAAUUCCUACAAGAUUUAGGACGGCUGCAAAAGAAGUUCUAUGCCAAAGACGAGAGAAUGCUGUGCCCCAUCAGGACCUAUCUUAUCACUGCCAGGAGUGCAGCCAGCUCUGGGGCCCGAGUACUCAAAACCCUCCGGGCCUGGGGCCUAGAGAUCGAUGAAGCCCUCUUCCUGGCUGGGGCCCCCAAGGGACCCAUCUUGGUCAAAAUACGACCACAUAUCUUCUUUGAUGACAACAUGUUCCACAUCAAGGGGGUAGAGAAGUUUGGUACUAUUGUAGCCAGCGUGCCCUUUCCCCUCUCUCGAAAAAGUAGCCAAAAUCAGUAG